CAUAUAUUCUUGGAGAACAAAAUUUUUUAUUGAUUUGUCAAAAUUGAAAGAUAAAAUGUUAAACCUCCUAAACAAUGUGAUUUUACGUUAAAUCAAAAAGAGAAGCUAAAAUAAUCAUAUCGAAAGGAUUUCACCCAAAAAUGUAUGUUAAAAAACGCCGGGCGAUUCACCAUCCGCGAAUCUUCGCGGACGUUCUUCAAGCGAUUUUAGAUCUUCGCGAUAUAAGAGGAUCAAACAUAAAAACGAUUAUAGAUCAAAUUCAAACGCAUCUCGGAAAAAAUCAAAUAUGUAGAUCGAAAAAUAUCGCAAUGCAAGUUCAAAAAGCUCUCCGUCACGGCAUCAACAGUGGCGUUCUUGAACAUAAAGCCGGUAAAUAUAAAUUAACAUUCGGUAACAACCUAACAAACGCAACAAACGACGUCGACGAUAAAGACCGAAAAAAAUCGCCCCCUCAAGACCAAACAUGCGGCAGAAGAAAACGAAGAUGCGAUAACAAAUGCAUACCCCCAAAACCAAGAAGAUGUAGAACCCCAAAUAGACGACGAAGAUAUAGAAGACGUAGAAAACCAUGCCCAAGACACGACCUUUCAAAUAAAAGUUCCGAAACAAGCGGGAUGCAAAGCGACAAGAAAUCUCGAAGUACAUCUCAAACGCCGGAUGAACCAGGAUCGGAAAUAAAAAUUCAAGGUCGGACGAAACGAAAAGUUUAUAACGCUAGUAAAUUUAAAAAAAUCGAUAAGCCACGUUCGAAAUCGAAAAAACCAUCGCAACACAUCAAAAUUGAGCGGAAAUUGCGCAAGCCGAAUAAGGAUACUCAAAAACGUGGUUCUCCCGAGCCGGUUGAUCCGGAUACUAAUCGUUGUAGUGGAGAAGUUAACAAUCAAAAUGAUAAUAAAUCGAACGAAACCAAAAAGGAAAAUGAGAAACGGGAUGGCGAUCAAGAUCAAGAACAACAAGAUGAUGUGCCCUAUAAUAUGGAUUAUGAACACGAUUCUGACACAAGAUUACAACAAUGUGAUAAUCCCGAAUGUUUGUGUCAUUUAAAACACGAACAAGACGACGAUGAUAAUUGUUUCUGAAAUGAUAAAAUGAUACCUGUUUGUUUAAUAAGUAAUUUGUGAUUUUUUUCUUAAUAGUAAAAAUUAAACCAUCUAAAUAAUAAUAAAUAAAAAUAUUUAGAUUAAUA